AUGUUGCUGCAUAUCUGGACGAAGACUCGAUGUCCCCGUUGCAUGCCCCAUCACACUCUUGGACAUAGUUCCGAGCCACAUGAGGGUCUUGUUUUGAUCCCGAAGGGUCUUCCCAGCAUGUUUGCGUUGAAUGAUGGUCUUUGUCCCCUUUUAAAUCAGUGCUCUUACAGGUAG